AUGGACGAAUCCCCGGUUGCGUCAAGAAACCAUGCCUUUGACGAAAGCCCCACAGAGAGAACGGCAGGCCAGUCGAAAUUAAAAGCGUACGUGGUGGCUGUUAUGGCGCAGAAGUCGCAGGAGCAACGUUUCCAGCGUCGAACCUCUGUGUAUCAGAAACAUAAUCUUUUAGAGCAUAUCAAGAAGAAGUCAUGGUCCGGGCCCCCGUCAGAAACUAUUUAUGGCGGCCUUUCGGCAUCCGCUGCGGAGAGUGAUGUUGGGAUCGCCCUUGCGGUUCGGGACGCGACGUACUUUCUCGACUUUGCGGAGCAGCAUUUCCCUCGUGAGGAGACCAGCGACGUCGCUCAGAUGAUUACGGACUUCGUCAUUGACCAGGUUCGGAAAUACAAGGUGGAACACAUGGAGAAAUUCAUCGGGAUAGCUCUCCCCAUCAACCUGGCUGUGCAUUGUCCACGUCUUUGCCCACGGUUAUGGGGCGAGUUGGAUAUCGUUCCAGUGGUACUACAUGGGAAAGGGGUGCAUAGUGUUGGCUGGAUCAACACGGAAUUAUGGAACUCGAAAAUGUUGGACGAGCAGGCUGAAUCAAUUGCCCGGAAAUGUAUAACAUUCUUUGGUCCGAGCAAAGCGCCACUGCUGCAGGUCGGCUAUCGAGGGAACGUCGAGGUUGAUGCAGGGUUCCACGCUGUUUUGGCCACAGUUAGCGACUAUCAGAAAACCGUUGGCGAAAGGACUUGGUCUGCAGUGCAAAAGUAUGCGGCUGAUAUGAAGAAGCGCAAUGUCAAGGUUGCUUUCUUUAGCAGUACGCCACAGGGCGGUGGUGUUGCUCUCAUGAGACAUGCUCUUGUGAGAUUCUCUGAGGCCCUCGGAACGGAUAUCAAAUGGUACGUUCCACGUCCGAGACCAGGAGUAUUCCGCGUCACCAAGACGAAUCACAAUAUCCUGCAAGGAGUAGCGAGGCUAGACGAACGACUCACAGACGAGAACAAGGAGCUGUUGACGCACUGGAUCACGACCAAUGCAAAACGUUACUGGCUAGUAAAGGGGGGCCCAUUGGACCUCCCUGAGAACGGGGGAGCAGAUAUUGUUAUUAUCGACGACCCGCAGAUGCCCGGUUUGAUUCCACUUAUCAAAGACCUCACUCCGAACCGGCCGGUGAUUUAUCGGAGUCAUAUUCAGAUUCGGAGCGAUUUGGUAGAUGACCCUUCCACGCCACAAGCGGAAGCCUGGGCGUACUUCUGGGACAGUAUUAAGCGGGCCGAUUUAUUCAUCAGUCACCCUGUCAGCGCUUUUGUUCCAGCUACUGUGAACUCGGAAUCUGUGGGCUAUUUGCCUGCUUCAACAGAUUGGUUGGAUGGCUUAAACAAAACCAUGGAGGAUUGGGACGUUGGCUAUUACGGACGUAUCUUCAAUGCCAAAUGUCGCGAGAUCAAUAUGACAACUAUUGACUAUCCUAAGGAUGAAUACAUUGUCCAAGUCGCCAGAUUUGACCCUUCUAAAGGAAUUUUCGAUGUUAUACAGUCUUAUGCCAAAUUCUUUGACAAGGUAAAGGACGAAACGACGCCCCCGAAACUUCUCAUUUGUGGCCACGGUUCAGUGGACGAUCCCGAUGGCGCUGUGAUCUACGACGCUGUCAUUGAAUACCUUGAAUCUCAAAUGCGCCAUCUUAAACAAUACAUAUGCGUGAUGCAUGUCCCUCCUUCAGAUCAGAUCCUCAACGCCGUUCUUUCAAAGGCCAGAAUCGCUUUACAGCUCUCAGUCCGAGAGGGAUUCGAAGUCAAGGUUUCAGAAGCACUGCAUAAAGGCAAGCCUGUUAUCGCCACCCUAGCCGGAGGCAUUCCGCUGCAAGUCCAGCAUGGAAAGAAUGGAUUUUUGGUAGAGGUUGGAGAUACCGAUGCUGUGGCGCAGCAUCUCUAUGACCUAUGGAGCAACGACGCACUAUACGACAGGAUGAGCGAGUAUGCGAAAACAAGUGUCAGCGAUGAGGUGUCGACUGUUGGCAAUGCUCUAUCUUGGCUGUACCUUGCGUCUCAGAUGACUAAGGGCAAGACUUGCAAACCACAUAGUCGUUGGAUCAAUGAUAUGGCUAGAGAAGCCGCUGGCGAGCCGUAUGUGAAGGGUGAGAAUAGAUUGAAGAGGGAAGUCCAUAUGAAGCCAUUUGGCUACAUGGAGGGUUAG